AUGCUUUAUAAACAAAUCGCCUGCGCUAUUGCGCUUUCUGCAGUAGUAUAUGCAAACCCAGAACCCGCACCAGCGAAUGCCGCAGCAGCUGCCAGUGGAGGAACUGGAACGACAUUGUCGGCCAACGCAAUUCAAUCGGGUUCCUUCAACGAUGGAAGUAACGAAGUUGGUGCUGCAGAGGUUGGACAAGCGAAAUCCUUAACAUCGCAGAACAAUUUCAUAAACAACUGCGCCGGAAAAACAUUAACCAAUGGUCUUCAAAUCACCACUGGGUCAUGUAAUGGUAUCACCAUGGGAGAUAUCCCAGCCAAGACCGCCAUGGUUUCCUCGGUCAUCACAAAUCCUCAAACCGGCGGAUCAGCAAUUGCCUCUGACACGAGCUUUAAUAUCACCGUACAGAUGUCCAAUCUUGUGGCUGGUCAGUUCACCAACGCUGAUGCUACCUACUACUCCGCGCCUCAAGCCUUGCAGGGUGGUCAGGUUGUUGGGCACACGCAUGUCACUGUUCAAGAUAUGGGCAAAAGCUUAAACCCUACUACGGCGCUUGAUGCUACUCAAUUCGCUUUCUUCAAGGGUAUCAACGAUGCCGGUAAUGGAAAGGGACUUCUCACUGCCGUUGUAACUGGAGGUCUUCCAGCUGGCAAUUACCGUGUAUGCACCAUGGCCUCGGCAGCCAACCAUCAACCCGUCAUCAUGCCCGUCGCUCAGCGUGGUACUGCUGAUGACUGCACGAAGUUCACUGUCAGCGGGAAUGGAAACACGGCCAAUGCUGCUUCAAACAACGGUUCCGGUGGAGUAGCUGCCGCGGCUGCUGCUGCCAGUGCUGUCAAAGAUCCAGGCCCAACCGGAGCUGCUGCUGCGACAACUGCCGCGGCCGCGAAGGCUGCUUCGACUGGAACUGGAAACGCAGGAAACGCAGGUGGAAAGGGUGGAGCUAAAGCUGCUGGUGGUGCAGGAGCAGCUGGUGGUGCAGGCGCAGCCAAGGGUGGAAAGGGACGGAAGCAAAGACGCCGCAGCUUCAUCGCAUGA